AUGGAUCUGUUUGCAUUGGUUAUGAUCGUUUAUGUACAUUCUAAGGGUAGAUCUAUAUAGGAAAAGGAUUCUUUUCACAAUAUGCUAUAUUAUUCAUUUUUGCUCUCCACCCAAUGUGGUUUUGUCAAGAGGUUUGAUGGGGUUAGAAGUUACAGAUAGCUGUAUGGAAAAGGAGCAAGGUGGUGCAAUAAGUUACUCGGAUGUGGAGCAGAGAACUGAUAUGCUGAAUGAGAAUGUUGAAACAAAGGAGUAUGAAGUGAAGGAAUCGACAGCUGAAAUGUCAGUUGAGAGCAGACAGGAACAAGAUCGACCAAGCUCAAAGGUAAAAGAUGAUAACAGGAGACCAAGAGCUUCAGUGAAAUCAAUAACCAAAUCUGUUGCUGGAAGCAGCAAAACAAAGUGCACUGUUCCCCAGCCAUUUGCUCUGGCAACUCAGAGGCGUGCUUCUCAUGGAACUCGUCCUGUUACGAAUGAUGCAGGCGAAGUUUCCUUAUCAGUUGCACCUAAGAAGUCCGACAACAAGAAAAAUUUUGAUGAGGAAGAGUCAUCGAUCGCCUCUUGUGAUGUGGUCUCAGCAAGAAAAUCCAGGGUCACUGUAGCGUCAGCCCCAGUAUUUCGGUCCUCUGAACGUGCAGCAAGAAGGAAGGAGUUUUACUCAAAAUUAGAGGAGAAACAACAAGCUUUGGAGGCUGAGAAAAUUCAAUGGGAGGAAAGGACAAAGGAAGAGAGAGAAGCAGCUAUGAAGCAAAUGAGAAGGAAUUUGUUGUUUAAAGCAAACCCGAUGCCGAGUUUCUACCAUGAAGGACCUCCACCUAAGGCUGAACUGAAAAAGCCACCACCGACGCGUGCAAAAUCACCAAAGUUUGGCAGAAGGAAGAGCUGCGGUGAUACAGGUGGCUUGGAUAAAGGUGUAGGAGCUUAUGACCGAGGAAGUCAGCAUAUUCUUGGUUACAAUGCAAAUACCACCUUUGCUUCUAGAUAGUAAAGACCAUGUCAAUAUCCAAGUUCUGCUACUUACAACUUUAACAAUGAGUCCAAUCAUGGAGAGGAGUCAAAUGAGUCAUAUAUGACUAAGAUGCAUGAAGUUAUGAAUAUGGAUAUUAUCUUUCAUUCUUGAGCCUUUGGUGAGUUUUAUAAUUUAAUAAAGUGAGCCAUUAUUUUCUUGUAUUUUCCUUCUUGUGACAGCUCUAAGGGCUGUGCAUUGACUUCUUAUUUAAACUGCAAAUCUUUUUUUUGCAGUAGUCUAUGUAACAUUAAUUUAUUUAAGUGUAAAUUUCUGUAAGUUAUUCUCAUUCUUGUGUAAAGAGACUCCAUCUUCUAUAAAAUUCUAUAUAUUUUUAA